AUGAAUAGAAACUACGAUAAUUCUCUCGUAUUGAUUCGCUCAUGUGGCAUCGAUAUGAUUACCCUCCGCUCCCGAAACGAUAGCCAUGGCGGCGUGGCGCUACUGUGGCUUGUGCCAGGUUGGAUCGCCCAGACGCAAGCUCAAGCUUCCAGCUUCCAGCUAUCUCUAUGCCUCUUCAUCAUUGUACAACGUCGCAUUUGGUCCUUCAUCAAAGCGGUGCAGCGCUACGAAGAGUCAAGAUCACGUUAUAGCAAGGCCAUCAUGUUCUUCCAAGGGACAAUCCAGGAGGGCAUAUCCACGGCCGUCGGCCAGCAGAAGCUACUGCUUUGCUUCGUAACAGAUGACAACGACGAGAGCCAAACCUGGGAAAAUGAAUAUCUCCGAGAUGAAUCUGUCAAAGACUCAAUUGCCUCCAAAGCAAUUGCCCUACGCCUCAAGGCGGGUUCUAACGAGGCCAGCUAUCUAGCUCAAAUCUUCCCACUGCCCAAAACACCAACCAUCGUCAUCAUGAAGCAUGGCGAGCUCAAGGAAUACAUUGCUUCGGGAACCACCAAGGACGAGCUUCUCCGACGACUGGCCAAUGCGCUUUCUGCGGGCAGCGCUGCGGCUCCGACGCCUGUGCCGUCAACACCAGCAGCAGGUGCCGCUACCACUGCCGCCGUCCCCACGCCCAACGUCGCAUCGCCAGCACCGCAAUCAUCUUCACACCCUUCUGGGAGCCCAGAAUCAGACGGCUCCGAGAAUGUGCGGCGCGUUCUCGCCGAGAGAGCCGCCAAGGCUCAGAGGGAAGCUGCUGCACGUCAGGCUAAAGAGGCGCAGGUUGCUGCUGCCGCCGCCACUGCUGCCAAGGGAAAAGGCAAAGCUGUGGUGGAACCGGCUGCCGCCUCAAUCCAGACUGAUGCUCAAAGAGAGGCCACUGACCUGAUCAAGAAGAAAAGGGCGCAGCAAAACGACGAGCGCCGCAGGAUCUUGAAACGAAUCGAGGACGACAAGGCAGCGCGCCGCGAGCUGGCCGCGCACCGGCAAAAGCAAAGGCAAGAAGACCGCGACGCUGCAGAAUCGGAGGCAAAGGAGCAGCAGCAAGCCAGGGCUCUGUCUAGAGCAAGCUCAAACAGCGCAGGCGUCGUCGCUGCUAUCCAAGUACGGCUAUCCGACGGAUCCACGCUCAGGAACAAGUUUCAGGCUACCGAGAGUAUCAAGGACAUCCGAACCUGGGUUGACAAGGAGCGCUCUGAUGGCAAAGGGCCGUACUACUUUAAGCAGAUUCUCACGCCGCUCCCUAACAAGAGCAUUGACACCACGGAAGAGGGCAAAUCGCUUCGCGAGCUCGGCCUGUCUCCGUCGUCCACGCUUUUACUUAUCCCGAUUCAGCGAUUCGCUACGGCAUAUGAAGGACAGGGUUCCUCGCAAGGUUACUUCUCGCAGCUUCUUGGUUUUCUUCUAGGCGUCUUCACCUGGCUCACGGGCCUUAUUGGCCUUGGUGCCGCGGCAUCCCAGCCUGAGACGCAGGCUCCUAGCCAGCAAGCCGCCAAUGCGGCGGCCGCUAUGCGAAGCCAGCGUGUCCAAGCAUUCCAGAAUCCGAAUGACAGACGGGGCGAUCAACAACUCUACAAUGGUAACUCGUUGAAUUUCGAGCCGAGGCCAGAUGAAGAUGAGAAAUGA